AUGUCAAAUCAGAGCUCGGAGUCGACAAAUUCCCGAGAGGAGCGCCCAGAAUGGCAGGAGGAAGGUUUCAAUUCUCGUCAAGAAUGGCAAGACUGGCUAAACGAGUCCGAAGCCACUGAUAAUGCAUAUGACGUCCAGGCAGAGGCGCCGCCGCCUGAUGACAGCGAAGAGGAUGAGGGCUUCGACGAGGAGUUCGUUAGCGAGCAAGACUCAGAGGACGAAGAUGACGACGACGACGAAUCGGAAAGCGGUGAGCCUGGAAAACACGUCGAGCCCGAAGACGACAGCAGCCCCGACGAUCAUUUUGAGGCUGUAGACAACGGUGAGCCUGGAGUAGACGACACUUCAAAUGUCGACGAAACUGCGCUCACUUCUAUUUUUGGCCUCGCGCACGACAAGAACAAAGACUAUGCCCUCGUUGAGCAGUCAGCUCGUGGAGCUCUCAACGCUAUCACCAUAGCCCUUCAGGACAUCAUCAACAGGAGUCAGGCACGACAAGGUGACCCACAGAGUCUUGCGAAAGAGAUCGAAAGCGCCUUUGCCACGACUUUGCCUACGUACUUAAGCGUCCAGGCAAUACUCCAAGGUGGACAACAAGUUAGUCUUGCUCGAAGUAAUCAACCCCUGAUCGGCACCUCGACCGCCGUGUCUGUUCCACCCUCUCCGCCUCCGCCGCCACCGUCAACAAUCAGCGGUCUCGUAUCCUCCGCCCCGCAAAGAAAUGAAACCAGCGCUCCCCAGGGGGACGAAGACGUCGCCAGCGACAAUGAGGAGGAAGUUCAAGAGAUUAUAACACCCCUUCCGGACUAG